CUUGGGCCUCUGCCUGAGCAUGGCAAAGCUGGUAGCCGAGUAUCGAAAACCGAUUUAUUGGAUUCGGGGUUGGAUUUAGGUCUAGAGUCUAUUUCUUUUCUGUUCUCAUCUAGGCCUAAAUUUAGAUCUAUUUAAAAGAGAUGAUGUACCAGAGGUGAUGAAAGAAGGCUGUGUGUCCAUGCCCCCCCUCAAGGUACCAUUCAUUGGCUGUUGUGAUUGGAAUGGACAAGUCUUAAUCUAGUGGAUGAAGAUUUAAAGUCCAUGAUUUGCACCUUCUGUUAAUGGAUUCUACCAGAAGGUCACCUGCCAUCAGUAGGAAGUUGGUGCAGCAUUGGCUUUGGUUCUUUGCGCUGGGAUUGUGUAAUUACUUGAAAUGAUGACCAAGCUUACUGGAUUAUGUGUUUGAUAUUGUUCUAGUUUUCUGUAAAGGAUAAUGGAUAACAACAAACAAGACAAUAAUGAGAGCAACAGAGUUUCGUCUACCCAUAAAACAUUGCUGCCUCCCUUUAGUUCAUUGACUACAACUAGGUCAAAGUUGAAUCCAAGUCAAGCCUACAGCAUACCCAGAUCUUCUAAGGAUGAAGUCCAUCAAAGUCUUGUCCACUUAGAUGUCUAUCCAGGAGAACACCAUCCCCAGCAUCAGCCAUCAAAGGACAACUGGUACAACAAUGAUUCUGACUCAUUCAGGGCUCUUGGGUUCACUUACAACCAACAGCUGGUGCAGCCACCAAUCUCAAGCAUGUCUAUAUUUGGACAGCAGCCUCCACAGUAUACACACAGCAGUCUUCAGUUUCCAACAGACUCACUUCCCCAGAUCCCACUUUGUCAAGUUGAGUCUCUUCUGUCUGCUGCAGAGCAGAAGCCGCUUUCUUCUAAUCAGUCCCAAACCUAUGACAGCAGGACAUCCCCGUGGGAGAACAUUUUUAAUGGAUCAGGGGCUUACCCUCUCUCUGGUCAUCUUCCUUCUUAUCCAGACUUUUCUUCUUUCUCUUUGAAAGGUUCAGAUGGGUUAACAGAAGUUACAGAAGCAUUACCAUCCAGCACUGAGAGUGUCCCAAGUGGAUUUUAUUCCACCUCAAGCUCCAUGCCACCCCCUUACCAUUUCUUUUCUCAUCAGACUACAUCGAAUAGCAUUAAUCCCCCUGCUCCUACGAAUCAUGCAGGAAUUAGGGGCUUUGAUCAAUUUCCUCAGGGUUACCUUUCUGAAGCAAAACCACAUCAGACAACUAACAGCUCUUUACACUUUCAACCCUGGUUAGACUCCAGUGGACCAACAAAUAAUUCACUUGAUGUCUCAGUUUCUGAAGCAUUUACGAUAAAUAAAAGCAGUCUUGAAACGUUCACUGGACAACCCAAACGAAAGAAAGCAAGACAAAGAAAGAAAAAGACUGUAAAGUUAGAUCUUAAACCUGUGGAUGGCACCAGUGACAAUGACCCGGUUUCACCUGGCCAGUGUCUUUCACCCACUUUUAUAGCUAGUCUGUCAUCAAAGCGGGCAGUUGAACCAAUGGCUGAAUUUGUUAGCCCUUAUGUCAACAGCUCAUUUCAACCUUCCCACCAUGUUGACCUGAAUCAUGUCCAGCUGCAAGUGCCUGAGGGUGUAGGAAACAACCCACCUCAAAAUUACAGCUUACUACAGAGUCACAUGACAUGCCCUCCCACAAGUGCCAUUAUUUCAUUGCCUUCAAAUGUCAAGUCAUUUCCAUCAGAUGACAAGAAGAAUGUUUGUAAGUCUCUCAGUAUCGAUGUUUUCCAGGAAAGCAGAAGUCCUUCACCUUAUCAAUUAUCCCCUGGAUUUCUGGCCAGCUUGUCCUCUAAACGAGUAGGGGUGAAAACAGAAAAGAAUACUUCUAAUUGUCAAAUGGUCCAAGCCAAAAAUACUCGGCCAUUACAUACCAUUCAUUUGUCACCAACAAAACUUCAUAAGACUCCGGAAGCUGAAAAAAUGUCUAGAUCCUCAUCUCCUGCUCAUAUUACACAUGUAUUUCAUGCCGACUUGUCGUCCAAAAAAGACCAGAAACAAGAGCAAAAGUAUACACAGAGAAAUCCAUACAGUCAGCUGGGUAUGUUCUCUGAUACCUCAUUAACAAUUGCCAAUAAGUCUCCACCUGAUGAUGGCCAGUUCUCAAAGUUUCAGUAUCCAACACCACCAAUAGACUAUGAUUACAACAAACAGCAGUCCCCUUCUCUUCAUCUGUCACCAUCAAACAAUAUAUUAGUCCAGGGACUUACACCACCAUCUGAGAAUGGUACUCCACCGUUACCAACACCUCCCAGCAGUGCUGAACUGAAGCAGCCAUCUCCACAAGAAGUAACCUUGUCCAAAGAAGAGCAAACGUUCCGUAUUCUGGAGAUCAUUGCUAGGGAGAGAGAGAAAGCUGUCAUUACAUCAGUGGCAGCGCAAGAACCCAAGAAGAGAAAGAAGAAAAGAAAAGCAACCAAUAAUAUGACAGUGAGUGAAAUGGAUGCUUCAGCCAUGCUAUCAGAACCUGACCAACCAUUCCCAGAAUUCUCAACGCAAUCUAAUGGCAACUCCAUUACAAUGUCAGAAAGUAGAAGUGCUUGCUAUCAAGAUGUAAAUGUAUCCCAUCAACCAUUUGACAUGCACUUUGGUAGCACCAAUCCUGGUUGUUUAACUAGUGCUGUGACCAAACCACACGACAUUGAUCAAAUACCCUUUGUGAACAGUAACUGUGAUAACCAUUACAAUUCAUCUCAGUCAUUAAGACUAGAUAAAAGACCAGAAAGUCAUUUUCAUCAUGUGAUAAGCACUACAGGAACUGCAGAUGUUUUCGCCAUUUCAUUGGAUCAGCAUUUAAACUCUCAAAAGAAAGAUCCCUACGCUUUUGAUGAAACAGAUGCAGGGUUGUUAGGAAGAAAGGUCUCACACAGCCAAAGAUUGGAGCUCACCACUAGAGAUAAGUUUAAGGUAGAUUUGGCGGCUGCAGAGUUUUCUGAAAAAUUUUCCAAAAACGUAGGAAAUAGCCUAUCAGUUUCAGACAACUUUUACAAUUCUAAAUUUGCAAAUCUUUAUCCUCACAAACAUCCGCCACUUUAUCACAAUGAUUCAGUUUGUUACCCAAAUAAAGGAACAGAGGCUGACCAACGUUCCACAUAUUACUCUGAAGAUAAUGUAAAGGCUCAAGGAAAUGUCAGAAUCAAAUCUGAGCCUUUUGAACAUGCAUCGUAUGGCCAUCAAAUGACAUCUGAUCAUAACCAAAAUGCACCAAUAAAUGUCACUGCUAAAAAUCAUUCUAUGCUUUCACCUCAUACUAAAGAAAGCCAACAUAAUCUAGAAACAGUCAGGAAAGCAAUGUCCCCAGUAUAUAUUAAGCAGGAGCCAAGCAACAACUUUCCUAAUCAUUCUAUUUUGGUAGAAGAUCAUCUCAACAAUCAGAAAUGUAAUCAGUCUAAUCCUUGUCAUGUUAAAGUCAAAAUGGAAAGCAAGAAGAAAAGAGGGCGUCUGCCAACCACAACAGCCUCUACAGAACUCUCUGGGGAUGUAAAGCCUAACAUGUCUUAUUGCAAAGCUGCGGACAGAAAGCCUCAUGCUUCUGCUGCCAAUAUACAAUACAGAGUGAAUGGUCUUGACAUCAAGCCAGAUGAUCUGAGACUUGAUCAAGAAUUGGUGGACAGACUGACCAACAACUUGAUGGAAGUGGCUGACUGCACAUGUCUGAGUCCUGAUCAUAUUCCAACAGAAGCAAUAGAAGGUCCAUACUAUACCCAACUUGGAGCUGCACGGGAUAUACCAGCAGUGAGAAAAAUGAUGGAACAAAGAACUGGGGUCAUGGGGUCAGCCCUAAGAAUAGAAAAGGUUAUAUUUACUGGCAAGGAAGGUAAAAGUAAAGAAGGUUGUCCUGUGGCCAAGUGGAUAAUUCGUCGAUCUGGCCCAGAAGAGAAGUACCUGUGUGUGGUCCGUCAACGCCCUGGCCAUUUUUGUGACACAGCUGUGAUCAUAGUUGUCAUUGUGGCUUGGGAGGGAGUAAUGGCUCAGCAGGCAGACUCUCUCUAUAACUUUCUCAUAACUACACUUCCAAAGAGUGGUAUAGAAACUGACAGAAGAUGUGGUCUAAAUGAAAAGAAGACCUGUGCAUGUCAGGGUGUUGAUUUAUUGAGACGCGGAGCCUCCUUCUCCUUUGGCUGUUCAUGGAGUAUGUAUUACAAUGGAUGCAAGUUUGCACGCAGUCAGUCGGCAAGGAAAUUCAAGCUCAAGGAUCUUGAAAUGGAAGAAGAUCUUGGUGAGAAACUAGAAAGACUGGCUACAGACAUUUCUCCAUUGUACAGCAGACUUGCUCCUGAUGCUUACCGUAAUCAAAUUCAGUUUGAAAAGCAAGCUGGAGAAUGUCGCUUGGGAACUGCUGCUGGGCGACCAUUUUCUGGUGUAACAGCGGUGGUAGAUUUCUGUUGUCAUAGUCACAGGGAUUGUCACAACAUGAACAACGGAUGCACUGUGGUUGUCAAUUUGACCAAACACAGAGGCUUUGAGAAACCUGAAGAUGAACAAUACCAUGUUCUACCUUUGUAUAUCCUUGACCAGACGGAUGAAAAAGGUUCUAUGGAAGGUCAGUUGGAUAAAAUAAGAAAAGGCUCACUGGAGGUGCUGUCACGCUACAUGACUCAGGUACGGACCCGUUCUACCCCCUACAGGCCCUGUAAGAGGAAUCGCACCACCCCAAAGAAACAAGGCUGUCAGAAGAGCCCAAAGAAGCCAAAGUUUGGGAGAGCCAUGUCUUACCCGCCUGUGAGUUGUCAAAUUUUGGAAUCUCCUGUAAGUGAGGGUAGUUUUGAUGGCUUCAUAUCUCAGCCCAGCCCUGUUGAUGAUGUGAAAACCAGAUUCUCAAACAGUAGCGUAGCUCCUGGAGUUGGACUAGAUGUCAUUCAACAGGAGAACAUGACCUACACUGACCUCAUGUCUCAACAGGGUAAACCUGGCUUCGGUGACCUUUACACUAAGUUCUGGGACUAUUUUUACACUCAUGGUGUUUUCCCACCUCGAAAGUGGACCACCGAAAACCAAGAUUGUGUCAAACCACAAAAACACUACAAGUCUUUUACAAACACUAUUGUGCAGCCCCCCAUUGCUGAUCAAAUCUUCCUUCACCAGCAACAACAGAAACAGAGUCAUCUCAACUUCAUUCAUGACACUCAAGAGCUACAACAAUCUAGGCAGCAGUCCUGUGAAGGGCAAUCUCAGCAGCAACAUAAUCAUCCAAUCAGGCAGCAGCUUUUAGAACAGGGUUCUAGAAAUAUUUCUGAACAGCAAAACAUUGUUACUCCUUCGCUAAACCAGGCUCAACUAAAUACAAGGCAGCAGAGCUCAAAUCAUGUGACUACCUUAGAGAGUGCAGCAGCAAGUCCAAGGCAGCAACCUAACCAAUGGACUGGCUCACAAGCAAGUGUUCAGAGACCCUUACAGUCACCACAACAAUCAAACCUCAUUCCCUCACAAAGCAUUCUGCACUCUACGCAGUCAAACUCCAUUGAUCACCCCAACGCUCCCUCACACCCCCAGGAUGUUGAUAAACAGUUGAGUCAUCUCGGCAAGCAUGCUGGCAGGUCUGAAGUUUGUACUGAUCCUUCUGUUCACUCUCUUCACAUGUCUCCCAUCACUAACCAGAGGCACCCCCCUCCUCCUUACACUGACAAUGCAACAAAAGUACAAAUACCCAGCUUUCAAAACAGCAACCAAUUAACACCUUUAUACGAGACUUCCAGAACUCAACAUCCACAUUUUAUAAACAAUAGUAAACAGUUUGAAUCACCAUCACACUUGACUAAUGGUGAGUAUACCAACAGCAAAACACUCAAUCCUGAAUUAACCAAAAUUAAUUCAUGCCUCUCACAAAGUAAUCAAAUGUCCAAUUACACUAAGACAUUACCUAAGUUUACUGAAAGUGUUAGUGCCUUGGACAGAGGUAAUUCCAUUAAUGGCUAUAGUGAUGGGGACUAUGGGAGAUAUCAACUGACCUCAAGCCAAUCAAAAAGCAAUGAAAAUUUAUUAACAACCUCAUUACAAGAAUCUUGCUUCAGGCAAUCUUCUGUAGAGUUACACAAAGGAGAGAUAACUCCAGUUAUUCACUCCUCUAAAACUAGUGCAGUGUCUGCCCCUUAUGAUCUGCCAGCUAAUGUUCUAAGCACCUUGAUGAGCACCAACUGUGACCUUACUUCCUUGACCUCCGCCAUGAAUGUUCAGGAUAACUCAGAGAGUGUUCACCCUCAUCCAGGAGAGAAGGUCAAGAUUCACAAGUCUGAAGGCUUUGUUGUGCCCACUUUAGGUCAAGGCCCCAGGGAGCCUCCUUAUCAGGUUAUAGAUUCUACUAUCAUGAGCAUAGCAACAGAUGACAACAAGGAAGUAUUUGAGGAUCCGGCCAUGGGUGGGGUGGCUAUAGCCCUCUGCCAUGGGGCAGUGCUCUUUGAGGUGGCCAAGAGGGAGUUGCAUGCCACCACAGCCCUAAAAGAACCCAACAGAUACCAACCCAAGAGGAUUAGCUUAGUAUUUUAUCAACACAAGAACCUGAACUUGUCCAGACAUGGGCUUGAAGAGUAUGAAAAGAAGAUGGAGGAACGAAAGUCUCUUGCCGAGCAGGCCAGGUUGAUUGAAGAUAUGGAGGCUAAUGGUUUCCUGAAGGGGGAACUCACUGAGUUAGCAGCCUUCCCUAACCUGACUAAAGGAACGUUUGGUAAAGUGUUUGAUUUUCUGGAGACGAAGAAGACUGUCUUCCCACUACACUUCCCUCGAUACUUGGACAACUCUACACUUGAGCAUAUCACACCUGUCAUGUUUGCUUGCAUGUCCAUUGCGUUCCCGAAAUAUAUGAAGGCCGCUUUUCCCAGUGCAUCCAACCUGCCAAGGCUAAUGAAUGGUUACUCCCCUGUCAAGGUGAGUUCAUCUCUGUCAGACAAGCGUGGUAGUGUACCUAAAGAUCAGGUGAAACUAGAAGACAUUCACGUGAAGCACAAAGAGGUGGGUAAGUCUUGGAGCCCAUUAGUGCCAACUGUUACGACAAUGACAACAGCAAGUGUCAUUGCCCGAUGGGUCCAUGAGGACACGAAUGUCACUGGUCCAUAUAACCAGUGGAUACAAAUGUCAAUUGAUGCAGGUGACUUAGAUAAUUUAGAGGAUGAGAAUGAAGCCUACCUUAAGGAAAAGAUGUUUGAGAGUCUAUCUCAGUUGGACAGCCAGGUAUACGGUCCUGACACCAAAGUAGCUGCUCCUACCCAUGUAGUUGGUCAGGUAUAUUGUCCCGACACUGAACGGAAAAGUUCCUCACCACAUGACAUUGGACCCAUUGGUGAUGGUUUCUUCAAAAUGAAUGAAUCUAACAACAUUAAACUAUGUGAAGAAAGAAUGAAUCCAGCACUAUGUUCUUCCUGUUAGCAUCUUAGAAUAUAGCACAGAGUAGCAUAGCAUGCCGUCUAGUAUGUAGCAUAGCGUAUGGUCUAGAUAUAGCACAGAGCAUCAUGACAUCAGUCAAGAUGUAGCAGACAGUAUCAUCACAUGCAGUACAGAUGUUAACCAGCAACAAGCAGAUAGUAUCAUAACAUGCAGUACAGAUGUUAACCAGCAACAAGCAGAUAGUAUCAUAACAUGCAAUACAGAUGUUAACCAGCAACAAAAUGAGACAGUGCUACCAGUCAAACCACUAGAUAACAAGCCUACCAACUCACACACUUCUAGUUUAUGAAAAGAUACACUAGCCAUAAGAACUUCAUAUUUUUGGCCCAAUCAUCUACAUUCUGAAACAGACUUUACAUGCUAAACAUUCUGGGAGCCAGUCUAUUGAUCAUUGACAUCACACUUCCCCCCAACCCCUGCCCCGUCACAUAUUGUUCUAUUGUUGCGUUAAAAAUAUGCAAGUGAAUGCCUCAAGCUCAUGAUUAUGUCAAUUGAAACAUUAGACUCCACGCAGCUGAAUCACUCACUGUGUUACCAAGCCACUGCAUCUAAACAAAUGGCAUAGUAUUUUCAAGCAAUCUUAUAUUGCGUCCAUAUAUCCUUUUUUUUUUUUUUAUACAUAUAUCUAAAUAAAUCAUAGAGCAAAAGUACUUCAAAAUGGCAAAUAAACAAAACUGUACAAUUUGUGCCUCUUUAUAGGGCUUUCCCCCACCCCCUCAUUUUGUGCAAUAUAAACAGGUACCAUUCUGUGUACAUAGAUGCAGGUCAGUCAAAGGUGUUCUAUUUCAUAUACAUUUUAUUAUCAUGUAGAAAACUUGUAUACAUUGGUAUCUUAAACAAAUAUGGAGCGUUCAGUAUUUAAGUCAUUUAUGAUCAAUUCCAGAUACAUCAGUGAUGUACAGGUUGAUCUGGUUUAGCAUAAUGUAUAUAUAUAAGUUGUCCAUUGCAUAAGGCUUGUCAAAGGCUUGGAUAAGAAAGAAAUAUUCAAGUGAAUUUAAUACUGGUGCCAUUUCAAUAUUUCUUUUUGUUGCUUUUAUUGACAUUCAAUCUUUACUUACCUCUGUAAGCCUAAAAGUGAUUUGUUUUUUAAAUCCCAUUGGUCUUGGACAUAAAUGAGAGAAAAGUGAUCCCACCAGAGAAUUACAAUUAGGGUAAUAGAAUUAUUCAGAUUAAUCUUAGUGGGAUUUUUUUUUGAGAACAUUUUUGUUAUUUCCUUUUUGUUUCAUUGGCUUUUUAAAUCUUAUGUUGAAUGAAGAAGAGUGGAUGUGUUUUAGAAAUGGUCUUGUAUUGAAUUUCUAUAGAACAGCUUUGUGCUACACUAUCAUUUUGUUUUGUUUGGAAGUUGAUUUGUUUUGUAUCUUUACUUUGAGUUUCUUCUAUGUGAUAACUUUUCUUUUUUUUUGUGGGUGGUAUGAAUAUUGUAUGUUUCAUAAAUUGUAAUUAGAUUAAAUUGUAAAGAUUGUUUUGACUUUCAUGUUUGAAAUUGUAUAAUAACCUCUGCCAGAAUCUAAUUUAUUCACACUACCACACUGCAUUGACACAAAUAAAAAUAAAUAAAUUAUGGCUUUGAUAUAGCGCUACUUUCAUGCUUAUAGCAUGCUCAGAGCGCUAUGGUCCAAUCUCUUUUGUCGACCAGUGUUUGGGGGGGGGGGUAUCUGGGAAAAGGUUUUCCGUGCUGCCUUAGGCACUCAGUAAACACUCUGCUCGAGUCAGGUGUCGAACCUCGAGCCCCCUUCAUAGAUGGCCAAGUUCAAGUGUACUUGGCCUCUCGACCAUGCUUCCCACAGCAAAUCAACAGAGCCGGCCAUUCUAUGGACCUUUUAAACAUGUCAGUAAGGGGGAAACUUGAGCUGAAUUUAUUUGUUCGAAAUAAAAUUGCUUGCCUUUUGUGUAACUUAUUAGGCUUGGUGUGAUUUUGUUCAUGGUGUAACAGGGCUUUGUACCUGAAAAUGAACACCCAAAUUGAAGUACUAUCAAUAUUUGUAGUCAUUAAAAGGAGUCAAUUUAGACCACUUUAUUUUCUAUUUGAUAAGGAGAAUUUCAACCUGUCUUUAUUUUUAGAUUGUAUUUUUAGUCUCUUCUAGUUCCAUAUAAGCUUACAAUCUAUAUUAUUAUAAGUAUAAAAUGACCUUCAAGUUAUGUACAUUAGUCAGUUCAUUUUAUUCUUAUAAUAAUGUUUUAAUAGUGACGCAGUGAUAUAAAUAGUUUUAUUUCCAUUGUGUGUGUAUAUUGAUAUGUAGGCUGGACUCCUGCUGUAGCUUUACUCUCAUGCACAUCUGUGUUGGUUACCUAUGUACUCUUGAUAAGGAGCACUUUUUAUUUGAUGGCUAUGUUCCUCCAUAAUACUUGUACAUCUUGAAGGACAUCUGUACACAGCCUACAAUUUGUAUGAUUUUUUUGUUUUCUAGUUCUGUUAUUCGAUGUUGUAUUUAUUUUCCUUAAUGUUGACGACUGCCAUGGAUUUGAAUCAUCGCUUUGUUGACUAUUUAUUUAGAUGUUGAAUUUAUUUUGGAACUUGAUUCACUUAGUUAGAUAGUCUUAGACAGAGUGAAGUAGCAGCAUUGAUUGUGUUUAUCUUAGUGUCUGGUCUCAGUUUUUAGUUGAGCUCUAUGUGAAAGAAACGGAUUGACAUUUUUAUUCCUAUUCAUAAGUUUUAAUAUUUUUAAUACAAAUUCUUAUUUAAUAUUUAAUUAGGGUUUGUACAUGCAUUGUAUGACAGAAAUAUAUUUGUUUCUACAAGAGUUUAUAUGUUUAUAUUUCUGAGUAACAAAAAAGAUUCAAGUAAUAUAUUACUUAUUUAAUGUAGGCUGUACUUGUGAACUGCCAAUAUUGUAAUUUACCAUACUUUUGUUAUCCUUUUUGUAUGCCUGAUGAUGUUAAUUGUAGAAUUAAUCUGUGGAAAAAUGCAUUUUGACUCUGAGAGCCUCCAUGAUUAGAAUGCUAUUAAUGUUCCAUUUUAAUGGCAACUCUUAAAAAAAACAAUGUUUACAUUAAAAAAUGUUUGUUCAAUGAUUACUUUUUUUUUCUUCUUUUAAUUGCUUUUCUAUAGUGCAACUUUCAUGCAUAUAGCAUGCUCUGUGCGCUAUAGUCAACCUCUUUUGUGGGGGGAGGUAUCUGGGAGAAGGUUUUCUGUGCUGCCUUUAGGGGCUCAGUCAACACAACUCUGCUCCAUAUACCUCCCCAUCCCAUUAUUUCCAUAAUAGCUAUUGGACCACAGUGCACUUGUCAUGCUAUAGGAGCAUUGAGGCCCACUCUACAGAAAUACUACAAAUAAUGUCUUAUGUGUUUAAGAAAAUACUUGGCUACUUGUUCAAAUGUUUAUUUAAUGGAUCUUGGUGUGACUAGAGACUGAAGCAAGUCAGAAAUGGAUGUUCAGUCUAGUCUGUCCUCUCACCAGUUUGUUUGUUUGAUUUUAUUUUAUUGACAAUGUACUUUUUAAGUUGUUGUUUUUUCCCUUCUUAUUGCCAGAAUGUUAUAUUUCUUGCACUCCUAAAAUUCUGGUACUUAAUUCUGAAAAGUUUCAAUUGUGGCAGCAGAAUGUUUUCAUCCUAUGCAAGUUUUAUGCUCAGUAGGUACAAAGUCAAUACCAUCAUUAGAUCAGCCUGACUUGUCAUAGCAGCUACUCUGUUUGGAAGUCUGCCUAGAAGGAUUUGUUGUUUUUAGAACUACAUUCAGAGUUCAGUCAUUGAGAACAAUUUCUUGAGUAACAAUGAAAUUGUUUGAUUUUGUCCAGGAUCCACCUAAACAUAAUCUUAAUUUGCUUUAGAGAUCACACACAGUGUGUUUUGAAAUUCUCAAGCCAAUAAUUGUGAGUAAAACCUUUGAGGUGGUAGAUCAUCAAAGUAUUUGUAACACUUUUUGGAAUGAUCAAGUGAUUGGUGAGACACUAUCAUUUAUUGACAUGUACAAACUCAGGGAUUCUGUGGUUAAAUUUAUAACAUUCUCAUUUUGUUUUCAUUAUUUAGUAUCUAGUAUUUUGUAUGGAGGUUACACUGUGAAAGUGAAUGUCUAUUUGUAUGGUGGUUACACUGUGAAAGUGAAUGUCUAUUUGUAUGGUGGUUACACUGUGAAAGUGAAUGUCUAUUUGUAUGGUGGUUACACUGUGAAAGUGAAUGUCUAUUUGUAUGGUGGUUAUACUUUGAAAAGGGAAUGUCUAUUUUGUAUUUGCUGAUUCCUUGGACUGAAUGGAUUAUGUUCUGUUUAAUUUGGAGCAAUAAGGUUCUAUGUUUGUUGUGGACAUUGUCAUAGCAACUCAAGUCUGCUAGGCAGACGUCACUGGACCACAUGUACUUUGUUCUUUCAAGUUUAUUUACAACUAGUUUUAGUUUGAAUGUUUUUCUUUUACUGCCAUACUUUUGUUUGAAUUUUUCUUUUUAAUUAGUUUCUUGUUGACUUGAUUGUUUUAUUAUGUUGGGGGAAAAAAUAAAGUUUUUAAAAAUAUAUUUUUCUAUGAUUACACUAAGAAAAUUGUCCAGAAAAUAUAUUUCCGUUAAUUAAUAGCAAUGAAAAUGUUUCAAUUUAAUUUUAUUUUAAAAUCUCCAUGUGCGUGCUUAGUUGAACCUAUCUGGCAAGUUGAUGAGUUCUGGUAUCAUGAGAUAUCAUGCAGGUUUAUAGCUUCAAUAAAAUAUUCAUUUUACAGAA